AAUAUAAUAUUUGACAUUGGGCCACCCUAGAUAAUGCAGAGCCACUGAGGUGCCACCUGGACCCAGCUCAGAGACAGCCCUUGCCUAGGAGGACCUGGGAAAGGCAGAGGGAGCCCAGGCUUCAACCCAGGCCGUCAAGGGCGGGCCAACCUGGCCCUGCCCCCCACCCCAGGCCUCCGCCCCUAUCCUUCCUACACUUCAGGGCAGCAGCCCAGGCAGCUCUGGAGCCCAAACCUGUCAGGCCAGUUUUGAGAGCUGUGGAGUGGAGCCAGAGGGACAAGGCUGCCAAAGGAUGGACGGCUUGCCUUGCGCUCGCCUGGCUCCCUCCUGAGGUCCUGCUGCCCACCCUCCAGACCCCAUGAGGCACAUAUCUGGCCUCCUAGUGCCCCUGCUGGGCCUGGGCCUGGGCCUGGGCCUGGCCUUGACUCUGCCCAGGGCAGCAGCUGCAGACUGCGGGCUGGUCGGCCAGGCUGAGCGCCUGGUGUUCCCCGAUGUGGCCAGAGCCCGCUGGCUGGCCCCUCGUGUCCGUGCACCCGGGCCCCUGGACUCCCUGUAUGGCACCGUGCGCAGCUUCCUCUCUGUUGUGCAACCCAAUCCCUUCCCUUCAGAGUUGGUGAAGGCCCUGCUGAAUGAGCCGGCCUCUGUGAAGGUGGAUGAGGUGGUGCGGUACGAGGUGGGCUAUGUGGUGUGUGCUGUGAUCGCUGGCUUUUACCUCCUGGCAGUGCCCAUCGCUGGGCUCUGUUUCUGUUGUUGUCGCUGCCACCGGCGCUGUGGGGGCCGCCUGAAGACGGAGCACAAGGCGAUGGCCUGUGAGCGCACCACCCUCAUGGCCUUCCUGCUGCUGAUCACCCUCGUGCUGCUGAUUGGUGUCGUCUGUGCCUUUGUCACCAACCAGCACAUGCACAAGCAGACCGGCCCCAGUGUUGAGGCCGUGCCUGAGACCCUGCUCAGCCUCCGGGGCCUGAUCUCCGAUGUCCCCAAGGAGCUGCAGGCGGUGGCGCAGCAGUUCUCCCUGCCCCAGGAGCAAGUCUUACAGGAGCUGGAUGGCUUCGGCAUGUACAUUGGGAGCAUGCUCCACACCCAGCUUGGGAGCACUGUGUACCCAUUGCUGGCCUCAGUGCACAGCCUGGGCCACGCCCUGCAGGUCUCUGUGGAUGACCUCCAGGCUCUGAAUGCCUUCACUGUGAAGCUGCGGGCAGCACAGCGGGACCUGGAGCCAGCAGUCCGGGAGCAUCGGGAACGCCUCCGCACCCUGCUGCAGAAGCCAGAGUGCCAGGGGGACUGUGAGAGGGUCCUGACUCGGGCCCAAGCCCUGGACCUGGGUGCUGAUUUCAGCCAGCUACCCUCGGUGGACAGUGUCCUGCAUCGGCUGAAGGGUGUCCCAGAGGCCAACUUCUCUAGCAUGGUUGAGGAGGAGAACAGCACCUUCAAUGCCCUCCCGGCCCUGGCUACCAUACAGACAGCCGACAUGAUCACAGAGCUGAAGAAGAUGGUGGCUCAGCAGCCUAAAGGGCUAAGGACACUGGCUGAAGCCUUCCCGGGCUCAGAAGCAACUUCCCGGUGGAGCCAGACACUGGAGGAGCUGGAACAGAGCAGCCGCCCCUACCUGCAGGAGGUGCAGAGAUAUGAGACAUACAGGUGGAUUGUGGGCUGCGUGCUGUGCUCCAUAGUUCUGCUUGUGGUGGUCUGUAACCUGCUGGGUCUCAACCUGGGCAUCUGGGGGCUAUCUGCCAGGGAGGACCCCAGCCACUCAGAAGCAAAGGGCGAGGCAGGAGCUCGCUUCCUCAUGGCAGGCGUGGGUUUCAGCUUCCUCUUUGCUGCCCCACUCAUCCUCCUCAUCUUUGCCACCUUUCUGGUGGGUGGCAAUAUGCAGACGCUGGUGUGCCAGAGCUGGGAGAGUGGAGAACUCUAUGAGUUUGCAGAUGCCCCAGGGAACUUGCCCCCAUCAAUGAAUCUGUCCUACCUUCUUGGUCUGAAGAAAAACAUCAGCAUUCACCUGGCCUACCAGCAAUGCAAAGAAGGGGCUGCGCUCUGGAAAGUCCUGCAGCUCAAUGACUCCUAUGACCUGGAGAAGCACCUGGAUAUCAGCCACUACGCCCACAAGCUGCAGCAGGAGAUACAGAACUUUAAAGUGGACAUGAAGAACCUGGACCUGCUGAGCCCCGCUGUCCGCCGGGACCUGGAGGCCCUGCACAACAGCGGGCUCGAGAGCAUCCGCUACUCUGAUUUUCUGGUCCAGGUCCAGAAGCCAGUGGUGAAGACCAACAUGGAGGAGCUGGCUCAGGACCUGGAAGGGCUGGCCCAAAGCAACCCUGUGCUGAAGCAGCAGCUACAAGAGGAGGCCUUCAAGCUCAGAAGCCUCUACCAAGAGAAGGUCGCCCCGCAGCAGAGCCUGGUGGCAAAGCUCAAACCCAGAGUCGUGGCCUUGGAGUCCUCCGCCCCAGCUCUUCAGCUGGAGACCACAGAAAUCCUCGGCAAUGUCACUUACCUAAAAGGAGAGCUGCCUGCCUGGGCCACCCGGAUCCUGAGGAAUGUGACUGAGUGUUUCCUGACCCGGGAGAUGGGCUACUUCUCCCAGUAUGUGGCCUGGGUGAGAGAGGAGGUCACUCAGCGCAUCGCCACCUGCCAGCCCCUCUCUGCAGCCUUGAACAAUGGCCGUGUGAUCCUGUGUGACAUGUUGGCUGACCCCUGGAAUGCCUUCUGGUUCUGCCUGGCAUGGUGCACCUUCUUCCUCAUCCCCAGCAUCAUCUUUGCUGUCAAGACCGCCAAAUACUUUCGUCCCAUCCGGAAACGCCUCAGCUCCACCAGCUCUGAGGAGACACAGCUCUUCCACAUCCCCCGGGUCACCUCCCUGAAGCUGUAGGACUCAGUGGGGCGAGGUGAUCCCUGGGGCUGCCUAUCCUUCCUCUGACUCAGGGAGACUAGAGGACUCCUCCAGCUCUUGCCUCAGAGUCCAGACAUCCAUACCUGGACUUUCCCCAACUCCAGCUUGCCUGGUCCCUUCCUGUACCCUUCUGUUCGUGACCCUCCUUUCUUUAUGCUCAAAACUACACUUGAUUUCUGAUGAGCUAUGGAGACAACAGGUUCUUCCAGGUGUCUAUUCCUUACUCUUUGUGCUGCAAAAUGUCAUCAGGAAAAGCCUGUCCUUUCCCUGUUGGAACCCCAUCCCCAUCACCUUAGGCUGAACAGAGGCCUGUCCAACCCCUUUGCCCCCAUCAUCCCCUCCUUGCCCCUGUUGCUCAUCUGCCCCCCUUCCUCAGCUUCCCUCCUGUGCCCUCCCUAGCCCUUGCUUCCUACUUCCAGGAAAGCCCUUUCCCUCUCUGCACCCCCCCCUUACCUCAUCCCCUCUACUACAUUGCUGUUCCCAGGGUCCCAGGGACCCUCCUGCCUAACCAAACUAAUCAGGUAAAGCCACCAAGCAAGCAGGGGCCACCAUGGUCAUGUGUGGAUUGGCUGCAGGCUCUGCCUCAUGGUUUCCAAUCCCUCCACUAUCCUAAGACCUUGGACCAUUUGCAGGCCCCAGUCUGGAUUUACCAGCCACCAUUGAGGUGAAGGAGGUUUGUCUAAAAGCCAAGCCUCCUUGCCUGUGCUUCAGGUUAGAAAUGUUAAUGCUGGCACUUAGCUCCUCUCUGAUCACUGGCCUCAAGGAAGAAACCUGGGACUGGGGCCAGAAUGGGGGCUUCCCCUAGUCUCCCCAGAAGGUAGCAUCUUCCUGGUCCAUACCCAGCUUUCCCAGAGGGAUCUGGUGGCCCAAUAGGAUUUUGCACUAUCCCUUCUAUCCUUUGCCAAAUAACCUGGGGCACCCCUAGCCCAUUCCUGUGUUACCCCUGCAUGCUGGACUCUGAAUUCCACGAAUGAGGAAGAGGGAGAGGAGAGAGACCUCUGAUCCAUUAACAUCCUUAAGCCUUGGUUUGGGAUCAUUAAAACCAGGUCUUCCAGGCUAGGGCCCUGGACACAGUUGAUGUUUAAUGAGUAUUUAUGAAGAGGCAAAUUCCAAGGCCUCUUCUAACUACGACCAUCAGGGAAUAUUCCGGCAAUGAGGAGUAGGGCCUAGGGUGAAAGCAUACUGGGUUCACAGCCUGGCUCUGCUGCUUGUUAGCUGGGACAUCUUGAACAUGGAACACAGGUACCCUAAGCCAUGCAUAAAAUGGGAGAAGAGUCACAGUCUCCUCACAAGGUUGGGAGCAUUAAAUGUGAUAAUGCAUGGAAAGUCAUCUGCAAGGGCCUGGUGCAAAACAAAUGCUCAGUACAUGGGAGAUGCUUUCCCCUCAACCCUGCUCACCAUGACUACUGAGCAGAGACAGCAUUUGGGUUUGGGAAGAUACCAGGGAAGUGGGAGAUUGGUCCCUGUUCAAAGCCAGAAAGCCCUUUAAGAUUGUGGUCUACUGGAUUUCAGGGAGUAUCUAUAAUUGUAUCUUAUAAACCAGCAACAAAUGUUAUACUAGAAAUUAGGAUGGUGCAUACAUAAUAUAUUGUCAGGUACAAGCACAUUCUCGAACAAACAUCCUUGCAUAUGCACAAUUGCCUCUUUUUGGCUUUUCCCAGAGGUCUUUUUUUGCUUGUUACUCAUCUGUUGACCUAUGUGGAGGAAGCAACACUCUGUAUUUUAAAAAUGCAAUUGAUGGUAUUAAAACAAAUGAAACAAUUUAAAACAAUUAAAAAUCAUUUAUAGUUCUCUAUGAAAAUUACUUCCUUUUAUAUAUUUGAGCAUAUUAAAUAUAAUUAUUUCAAAGUUCAAUUACUCCCUUAUUUGGAGCUUCCAUGAGUCUGUUUCUAGUGUCUGUUGUUUCUCUUGCUUUUUGUUAGUUUCGUUUUGUGUCCUCACAUACUUGGUGAUUUUUGAUUGAGUAUCACACAUUGUAUCUGAAAAUCUGUGGAAAUAAGUUCAGAACUAGGAUGAAGUUAUCCUCCUCCAUGAGGAUUAUGUUUAUAUCUGGCAAGUAGCUUGGGAUCUAGCAUACUAGCAUCACUCUAAUCCACUUGCAGGGAAUAAGAUGAUUUGCAGUCACUUGGAGAAAUGAUCUACUUUCAAUUCAUUCAUAUUCCUAGGGUAAAGGUUUCUGGAGUCCCAACCAAAAACAUGAAAGAUUUUCCAGGAAUACUUUCCUCU